AUGAAAAGAGCGCGGCGGGAAGCGUCGUUCAAGGAUGAUGCGAAAGGCAGUCGCCUGCUGUCGCUUCCGGACGACAUCCUUCUCCUGCUUCUCGCGCGUGCGAACCACCCCUGCGAUCGCCGCAGCGUCGCUCUCUCCUGCUCGCGCCUCCACCGCCUCUCGCGCCGCACGCCCCACUCGCUCCAUCUCGUCUUCAUCGCACCCUUCAAGUGCCCCAACGCGCGCAGGUGGCUCAAAGAUUUCGACGACUUUUCGAGGGUAUUUACCCGAAUAAUUUCGCUCACCGUGGAGGUUCGUUCGAGCCAGGGAAGUGACCUACUGGCGAGUAUCGGUGCGGGCUGCCCGAAACUGGAAUCUCUGAAGCUUGUCGCGACGUGGCGGGGGUUUUAUAUGAACGCUGCCGCGUGGACGAAGCUUGCAAGACAAUGCCCCCUCCUGACAUCUCUCGAGCUCGACUCCCCGUUCGCCCGUCGCUCCAUCACCUACCAACACCGUACUCACGCGCCCCUCCCUCCCAUCCACCUCUUCCCCGCUCUCCACUCACUCUCUCUCCUCAUCCGUGCCUCAAAACUCACCCCCCUCACCCGUCGCUCCUCCCUCACCUCCCUCACUCUCUGGAACCCCUCACCCUCCACCCUCUCCUCCCUCGCCUCCUCCUCCUCCUCUCUCCGCCUCUCCCUCAAAACCCUCACCCUCCACUCCGCAAAGCUAGAGUCCUGCCUCUCCUCCCUCCACCGCUUCCCUGCCCUCACUUCCCUCUUCUUCCUCUCCUGCUCCGUUGAUCCCUUCGAGCUUCACACUCUCUCUCGCUCCCUCCACACACUCACCCACCUGACCAUCCACGACUGUCCCUUAGUCUCCAGCCACUCUCUAGCUGCUCUGGUUCAGGCCAACUCUGCUCUCUCCUCUCUCUCCCUCCACGGCACCUCCUACCGUCUGUUCAGCGCCCAGGGUUUCCGCUCCCUCCUCCACCUCUCCGCACCCUGCUUGAACGCACUAGACCUAUCUGGGCUGCCGUCUUUUCGCCCUGGCAUGCUUGCUCACUGCAGCGGCCUUCGUUCUCUCUCCUUGAGAGGAAAGCCUGAGACAAUCUCUGUGCAGAGGGAGAGAGGUGGCGAGACCGGGACAGAGGACGGGAGGGGUGGAGGAGGGAGGGAGGGAGAGGGGGAUGUGGAGGAAAGGGUGGUGCUUCAGCAGGUGUCGUUUGAGAGUCUUGUGGGUAUGCUGGUGCGCGUGGUGCAGAGGGGAGGAGAGGGAGGAGAGGGAGGAGAGGGAGGAGAGGGAGGAGAGGGAGGAGAGGGAGGAGAGGGAGGAGAGGGAGGAGAGGGAGGAGAGGUAGGACGAGAGGGAGGAGAGUUAGAGAGGAAUGUGAAGCGGGAGAGGCUGGCAGGGGAGAGGCUGGCAGGGGAGAGGCUGGCAGGGGAGAGGCUGGCAGGGGAGAGGCUGGCAGGGGAGAGGCUGGCAGGGGAGAGGCUGGCAGGGGAGAGGCUGGCAGGGGAGAGGGUGGCAGGGGAGAGGGUGGCAGGGGAGAGGGUGGCAGGGGAGAGGCUGGCAGGGGAAAGGCUGGCAGGGGAGAGGCUGGCAGGGGAGAGGCUGGCAGGGGAGAGGCUGGCAGGGGAGAGGCUGGCAGGGGAGAGGCUGGCAGCGGAGAGGCUGGCAGGGGAGAGGCUGGCAGGGGAGAGGCUGGCAGGGGAGAGGCUGGCAGGGGAGAGGCUGGCAGGGGAGAGGCUGGCAGGGGAGAGGCUGGCAGGGGAGAGGCUGGCAGGGGAGAGGCUGGCAGGGGAGAGGCUGGCAGGGGAGAGGCUGGCAGGGGAGAGGCUGGCAGGGGAGAGGCUGGCAGGGGAGAGGCUGGCAGGGGAGAGGCUGGCAGGGGAGAGGCUGGCAGAGGAGAGGGUGCAAGAGGAGCCAGCGGCAACAAGAGCAGACCUGGUGGCAGCAUGCAGAGACCUGUCAGAUCUCAUGGAAGCAACAAGCAAGGCCUUCACAUCCGCCCCUGAUUCUGCCCGGUGGGCCCGCACGGCCCGCCCUGAAUACGCCCUGUCGGAGAUCAAAUCCGCCUCAAAUAAAAUCAGAUCUGCUAUCUCUACGUGCAAGGCGCUGCGGGUGGCGGUUUCUGAGCAAGACGCGGCGACGGCGAGAGAGGAUGCGGUGAUAGAGGCGUUUGUUUCUGCCACGACUGCCGGCGUGUUUGUGGAUAGUGUGAGCGGGCAAGGCUUUGACGGGAUUCUGCCUGGUGAAGGGGGCGGGAGAAUGGCUCGGCUAGAGGACUUUGAUGGGAUGCUGCCUGACGAAGAAGACUCGCCUAGUUAUUAUGAUGCUGAUGAUGACGAUGAACGGACGGUUCAAUGA